AUGUGCGAGCAAGCGGCGCGCUACUGCAGGGACGGCGUCCACAAGCUGCUCCACAAGGACCAAGCCAAGCUGCGGGCGCAGGACUGCGGCGAGCAGACUAGAUUCCCCGCGCAGAACAGCGAGACCGCGACGGCCGCGCAGCCCGGGAACGGCGGCUCACAGCCCGGCGCCAUAGACGGGCUUGUGCGCUGGAUCGUCACCAAGAUGAGCGACAACAAAAGCAUCUCGACGCGCGAAUACGGCAAGGAGGAAGCGGCCGUGGCGCAAGAGCAAUUCUUCGCUCCGGAGCCGCGCAAAGGCAUUUCAGUCAUUCUAGACAUAUUCCGGAGAGCUGAUAAGGAUGAUGAUGGAAAGCUUUCCCUGGAUGAAUUCCAGGCCUUCUUCUCUGACGGGACCCUGAAUGAAGAGGAACUGGAGAAUCUUUUCCAUACCAUUGAUUCAGAUAACACCAGUAAUGUUGACACUAAGGAACUUUGUGACUACUUUGCCAAACACAUGGGGGACUAUGAAGGUGUGCUUGCAUCCCUGGAGACACUCAACCUUUCCAUCCUCAAAGCCAUGGAUUUCACCAAGAAGGUUUAUGAAAGAGGAACCAAUAUCGAGCAGUUUGUGACUCGUUUCCUGUUGAAGGAAUCAGCCAAUCAAAUCCAGUCCUUGCUCAACUCUGUGGAGAGCGCAGUGGAUGCUAUUGAUGAACAACACUGCCCUCCAGGAUCUUACCACAGUAAGACCAGUCCACGUGUUGCCAAGAAAAACUAUGAAGCUCCAGUGCCAGACUACCCACCCAAUAACAGAGUUAGUGCCAAGGACAGCAUGAGGAAUCUGAAUGUGGGCUCAGGACCUGUCGAGGUGAGGAAAGAAGGCCUGGAAAUGCAGAUCAACCGUCUGGCUGAGCUGAUUGGACGCCUGGAGAAUAAGACAGUCUGGUUUGACCUGCGUCAGCGGCUGACCGACACUGAUGGUACAGCUAGCGCAUCCCUCUAUCUGAUUCGCCAAGAGAUGAAGGUAUCCCAAAAGCAGCUGGGAGAGUUCUGUGAGGCUCUGAAGCAAUAUCUGAAGAAUGUCUCCACCCAGAGGGACUGUUUCCACGUGACUGCAGUGCGGCUUCCUGACGGUCUCUCUUUCGUUGUGUAUGAGUUCUGGGAUGGGGAAGAGGAAUGGAAAAGGCACCUCCAGAGUGCAGCCUGCAAGGCCUUCCAGCAUGUGAAAGUGGACACGCUGUGUCAGCCUGAGGUCAUGUCCACUGUGGCUCUGCCAGCCGCCUGGUGCAGCCUUAGCCGAGACUGAAUGGAACAGAGCCAGUGUGGACGGCCAGGGUGGAAGGCUUCGUCUUGCGCCUGAACAGCCAUGCGCCUUCCCUUCAUAUAUACCCCACUUCUUAAGCCUCUAUAUCUCCCAUGAUCUCUCAAAGCUCCCUCUGGCUCUGCUCCCCUUUCUCCGUCUCUUUUGAAACUACUGUUUACAUGCUGUUGGUUUGACUGCAAGGAAUGUGAAAUAUAAU